AUGCUUCAGCUUGAGCCGCUCAUUCCGCCCACGGACCUUUGGCCGGGCGGCAUCCCAACAUGCCUUCGUGUAGAGCCUAGCCCCGUAGAUUGGUUUGAUACGGCUGAAAUAUCCAAAGGCUGGCUUCGAUUUGUGCAGGAAGAAUGGACCGAAUCAGAGAGUCUGGAUGACCAGCUCCAGCAACGCCGCCGCUUAAUGGAACGAUGGGCGUCUGCGAGUCAAGACUUCCGCGACACUUAUCAAGCUCGCGUGUCACUGCCCGAAACAGCCCUCGAUUAUCCCCUGCCUCUGUUUACUCGAAUCCGUCGUUCUCCAAAACAUUUCUUCUGUAUCGCCCCGGUAGAUCGCGAACGUCAUGCGACCAAUUACACCCGGCUCGUCAAGCUAUUGAUCCUCCUUUACACUAGCCUACGUCGUGGAGGGAAGUCGCAUCCGAUGAGCUUCGAACCUGAUCCAUACCCACAGAUUCCAGCCGUAUUCCCGGACCACACCAGAUCUUCACCUGCACCUGAAGCUUUGAUACCACAAUACUGCCUGGAAUCCGCGGACUUCCGCUAUAUCUCGAUGACGCAAACUGGAACAGUACUAUUUCCACGCUUUUAUAAUAAGAUCUUCACAGUAAUUGACCAGGAAGCUUUGACCACUGGCCAGCUCAUCAUGCUUGAACUUCACGUGAAUGGGCAGAUCAAAGACUAUACGCGUCUGCGCCCUUGGCAUGCAGGCGAAAUCAUGAUGUAUCAUAACGUCCAAGGCUGGCCCUUGGCGGAAAUGAUAGACUGGUCUAUGCGUGCCCGUUUCCUCCCGAGGAACAAUCCUCUGGAUCUAGAUCAGCCGCUAGUUGACAUCAUCGACUCGGCCCAGCAGAAACGCGAACUCGACAUCCACGGAUUCACACGGGAGCUCUUGACGGCACAGAUUGAGGUCUUUGUGCCGGGUUAUCUUGAGUUGGAAAGACAAGGGUUGGAAGUUCAGUAUGAUCUUGCCAAUUUGAUGACUGGAGAUGAUAUUCGCGCCUAUAAUUAUAUGAUUCCCCCGGGAGAUCCCGCCCGGAGACAGGCGCCGUCAGGACAGUGA